AUGUCCGAAGACGGCGCGCCGCCUGCAGAUUCGGCAACACAAGCAGCACCGACUCCCUCUAUACCCCGCUAUUUCCGGAAUGAUGCGCCGUUGGCACGACGAGAUCCUCACAAGCAACUGCUAGCGUCAUUGGAUCGAUUGAUUACCGACUAUCCUCCGCAUCAUGUACCCCCAGGCGGUGGUCUAUACUACGGACCGAUUUCAGUAGCCUACCUCUUCUAUGCCCUGCACAACAUAUACCCGGAUCUUAAGCUGGACGACUACCCCUUGAAUACAUGGUCUGCGGCUUACAUCGAACAAGCUCAGGCUCAUAUCAAGGAGUUCCCGCCACCAUCUCCCAAGAAAUGCGGUAUCUCCAACGACAUCAUGUCUCUGCUUGCCCUGUACGCCGUGACUGCACAAGACCCCGACACUGUAAAGGAGCUAUGCGAUCAUGCUGCAGUCAUGCUUGAGGACGAGACCUCCAACGAAUGGCUAUACGGUCGCGCUGGCUAUCUGUACCUCCUCCGCUUGGUGCGCGGGGCGUUCGCUCAUAACAAGGACGUGACCGAGCUCAUCGAAGACACGGCCGAUGAGGUCAUCGAGAACAUCAUGCAAAGCCCGCGUCCCUGGAAGUGGCAUGGGAAGGCAUACGUGGGCGCCGUUCAUGGCGCAAUCGGUAUCAUUACACAGAUCGUGCUCACCGACCCUUCCUGGGCGUCUAAGCUGGAGGCUGAACUAGGCGCCUUGCUCAGCUAUCAAUACGAGAGCGGCAAUUUUCCUUCAUCUCUCCCACCAGGUCGUGACAAGCUCGUUGAAGUCUGUCACGGAGCACCGGGUGUGGUCAACUCCAUUCUCUCAAUCCGAAAAUAUUUCCCGGGACUUCAAGAUCGCAUUGAUCGGGUUGUCGCAAAAGCUAGAGAAUGCAUCUGGGAAAGAGGCCUGCUCACCAAGGAGCCAUGUCUCUGUCACGGUAUCACUGGAAACGCUCUCGCUCUGGACGGAAAGCAAUUCGAACACUUCUUGACUUACACCACAGGCCAUGAGAUCAAGUCGAUGGCCAAAGACGGAAUGCUUGAGAAAUCGGAAGACCCAUCUUCCCUAUGGUGUGGCGAGGCAGGUCGUGCCUGGGCCUGGGCGGUUGCGGAUAAAGAUCUGCCAAAGACACUUCUCGGAUAUAACGACAUCUAA